AUGUUGUUUCUUCAUCUUCCACUGAACAGCAUCCGACCAGGAGAGGUGGUCUGUGAUACACACCCUGGUGGAUGUGACUGGAGACCUGUUCAGAGACCCCUGUAUAGAGGAGACCCCCUGUAUAGAGGAGACCCCCUGUAUAGAGGAGACCCCCUGUAUAGAGGAGACCCCCUGUAUAGAGGAGACCCCCUGUAUAGAGGAGACCCCCUGUAUAGAGGAGACCCCCUGUAUAGAGGAGACCCCCUGUAUAGAGGAGACCCCCUGUAUAGAGGAGACCCCCUGUAUAGAGGAGACUCCCUGUAUAGAGGAGACCCCCUGUAUAGAGGAGACCCCCUGUAUAGAGGAGACCCCCUGUAUAGAGGAGACGCCCUGUAUAGAGGAGACGCCCUGUAUAGAGGAGACGCCCUGUAUAGAGGAGACCCCCUGUAUAGAGGAGACCCCCUGUAUAGAGGAGACCCCCUGUAUAGAGGAAACACCCUGUAUAGAGGAGACUCCCUGUAUAAAGAAGACCUGCAGCAGAGACUCUGCCAGGAACACCACAGAGCUCUGGAGGUGUUCUGCAGGACAGACCAGGAGCUGAUCUGCAGUCUGUGUGUAGUAACAGAACACAAAGGACAUGAUACAGUCUAUGAUGAGAUAAAACAAGCAGGAAGACAGGUACCAGAUGAAGAACCCAACCAGAGACCGUCUUUAAUUGAAGAAGAAGAUCCAGUUACCCCGACUACACAAGUGCCUCCCUCCCCUGGGAAGUUGGCCGAGGAAAGGUUGCAGCGUUUUCAGUGCCCAUCUGAGGUGUUAGGUGAACGCGUUGUCAAGAAGGAUGAGGCAUAUAGGCCCCAUCCAGAGAUUUUAGCCCCAUCCUUUUCCAAACCAGAGAAGGGCUUGAGAGAAAAGACUCAUCAGGGAAAACAUGGAGAACAAAAGGAAUUGGAAGAGAAAGAGCCAGUGACAAAUGCCAGAGAAUCUAAACCAAGGAAGGAGAGGUCCUCAGGAGAAACAACCCAAGAAGAAGAUCCAGUUACCCCGACUACACAAGUGCCUCGCUCCCCUGGGAAGUUGGCCGAGGAAAGGUUGCAGCGUUUUCAGUGCCCAUCUGAGGUGUUAGGUGAACGAGUUGUCAAGAAGGAUGUGUCAUAUAGGCCCCAUCCAGAGAUUUUAGCCCCAUCCUUUUCCAAACCAGAGAAGGGCUUGAGAGAAAAGACUCAUCAGGGAAAACAUGGAGAACAAAAGGAAUUGGAAGAGAAAGAGCCAGUGACAAAUGCCAGAGAAUCUAAACCAAGGAAGGAGAGGUCCUCAGGAGAAACAACCCAAGAAGAAGAUCCAGUUACCCCGACUACACAAGUGCCUCGCUCCCCUGGGAAGUUGGCCGAGGAAAGGUUGCAGCGUUUUCAGUGCCCAUCUGAGGUGUUAGGUGAACGCGUUGUCAAGAAGGAUGAGGCAUAUAGGCCCCAUCCAGAGAUUUUAGCCCCAUCCUUUUCCAAACCAGAGAAGGGCUUGAGAGAAAAGACUCAUCAGGGAAAACAUGGAGAACAAAAGGAAUUGGAAGAGAAAGAGCCAGUGACAAAUGCCAGAGAAUCUAAACCAAGGAAGGAGAGGUCCUCAGGAGAAACAACCCAAGGACCUUGUCUCAGGGAGCUGUUGUCAAAGGCUGGACUAGAAGAUCAUUAUGAAAACAAGCUGAUGUUGAGUACUGUCCUUGAGAUAAAUGCUGAUACUACAUCAGAUGAACCUCUUACCACUAUGCAGUCACUUCCAGGGGCCUUCCUGAAGAAAUUAAUGAUGACAAAUGUGAAUGCAAGGAGUGUGAAAUGUCUGACCACUGACCAGGAGUUUUCCUAUUGUGGUGUAGACAACCUGAACACUGACUCUGAUAACAGUGAUGUCAUUAAUCCACUGGACCUGAUUACUGCCCUGUUUCUGUGUUCAGAUGGUUUCCUGCAGCAGGAGAUGGUCCAGAAAAUGUCCAUGUGUCAGUUUGCUGUUCCUCUUCUGCUGCCCAACUGUGACACAAAACAAAGCACUUUGAUGCUGUGGGCCUUGAGGGACAUAGUGAAGAAGUUUAGAUCGUCUUCACAAACAGCCACAAAGGCUUUUGUGGAAGAGAGAAUAGUUCUCUCUGAUAUUCCCAUGGUGUCAUUUGUUAAGUUAGGAGAGAGCAGCUUGUCCAAGUCUCAGAUCUUGAACAAGUUGCUAAGUAACCCUCAACAGUACCAUGACACAUUUGUUCAUCGUGAUAUGGAAUGUGGAGAUGCAUCUCGACAAAUCUCAGAUGGCCUUGUUGAAAUAAUUUGGUACCUUCCAUGUGGGAACAGAAACAUAGACAUUUUGACAGAGCCUGUGGCUGUUGCCAAUCUCAGAGGAGAUAUCAGGUCAUUUGAAACAGAGUUCUCCUUUCUGUGUCAAACAUCAGCGGCAGUUUACAUUUUCACUGAUGACUUAGAGGUAGAAUUCUUCAAGAUCUUGAAAAGCAAAAAAACUAAGGCAGAGUUAUUUCUGGUUGUCAACUCUCAAAGAAAAAUGUUCAAGGUAGACAUAUUGAAAACACUUAUCAGAAACUGCGGUAUCAAUGAAAAAAACGUGAUUGUGAAAAAUAAACAGAAUGAUGCAGAAUUUGUCAAAAUCCUGCAGUCCUCUGUGGGUGACAUCAUCAAAAAACGUCCAAAACGACUGACAAUUGAGAACAUGGCUGACAUGGCUCAUCAGAUGGGGAUUUGGGUUGAUGAAGACUGUGAUGAGUGUCAGAGUGCUUGGAAGAUGGCAGAUGAAAUCACCAGGAACAUCACAGACCCAAUCAAAUUCAAAAAUGAAAAGCUACCUUUACAAGGUCAAAUCUGGAAAGAGCUUUCCCAUUUGGAGAAAGAGAGAUGUCGGCUGAGAAAUGCAGGGGAUCAAGAAAUUGAACACUACAGGAGCUCUCUGAAGAAAAAGGAGAAAGAGCUGAGAGAGAAGCAACAUACAUUUGACAUGCCAGAUGCCAUGACAAGAUUCAUUUCUGGAUUGUCAGGUUCAGGACCUGAGCGUUCCUAUUUCCUCAAAUGGAUGCAGAUAAAUCUGGACAAUCUGUCACGACAGAAUCUGUCUGUCUUAAGGGGCCGGUACAAAGAUCUUUGCCAAAAUUCUCAGGAGAAAAAAGAUGACAUUAAAGAUUUGGAUAAGCAGUUAUCUGACUGUUCCCUGGGACUUGAACACUUCCUGCGUGAGUUGGGCCAGUUAUAUGAAGCUUCCUGCUCCCUUCCUGAAAGUAGCCAACAUCGGAAACAGAUGGAGAAUCUCCCUGGAUUGUGUGCUCAGAUGCUGUUGGAUGGUUUCCCCGUUGAGCUUCUGGAUGGAGAUGCAUCAAAUAUCCCUCUGAAAUGGAUAUUGGCUGUUCUGACUCAGCUUCAUACUCUUGUCCAAUCCAACAGCAAGAUCCGGGUUGUGACAGUUUUGGGGGUCCAAAGCACAGGGAAGUCCACUCUCCUCAACACCAUGUUUGGGGUCCAGUUUGCUGUCAGCAGUGGAAGAUGCACCAGAGGGGCCUUCAUGCUGCUGAUUAAAGUCAACAAAGAACUCAAGGAGGAACUGAAAUGUGACUUCAUCAUGGUGAUUGACACAGAGGGGUUGAAAUCACCUGAGUUGGCUCAACUAGAUGAUAGCCAUGAACAUGACAAUGAACUGGCCACACUGGUAAUAGGACUCAGUGAUGUCACUAUCAUCAACAUGGCCAUGGAGAACAACACAGAGAUGAAAGACAUUCUACAGAUUGUUGUUCAUGCUUUUAUCAGGAUGAAGGAAGUGGGGAAGAAGCCAGUAUGUCAUUUUGUGCAUCAGAAUGUGUCAGACAUGUCUGCUCAUGACAACAACAUGAGAGACAGAAAGAAGUUGUUGGAACAGUUGAAUGAAAUGACCCAGGCAGCAGCCAGAAUGGAGAAGAAGGAGAAUAUCACUAAGUUCACUGAUGUGAUGGAGUAUGAUUCAGACACAAGCAGCUGCUACAUCCCAGGACUCUGGCAUGGGACUCCCCCGAUGGCUCCAGUCAAUGCUGGCUACAGUGAGGCUGUGUACAGCUUCAAGAAGACCUUAAUUAAAGAUUUCAGAAAACACCAGAGAAAUUACGACUUGACACAUUUCCUAAAGUGGACACAAAGCUUGUGGGAGGCAGUGACAUUUGAGAAAUUCAUCUUUAGUUUCAGAAACAGCCUGGUUGCAGAUGCAUACUCCAGAUUAUGUUCUGAGUACAAUGGUUGGGAAUGGGCCUUCCAGAAGGAGAUGUAUAAAUGGAUGGUCAGUGCUGAAACUAAAAUAUCCAAUACUGUCAUGUCAGAUCAACAUCCCCAGAGGUCAAGAGAUGUGCUACAAGACUUGAUGAUAGAAGCAUCUGAGAAGCUUUCAGAGGGAGAAAAGGAAAUCCAAGACAAUCUAGUGAAAUACUUUGAAAAGCAAGAUGGCCAUGUCAAUCUGGUGGAAAAAUACAAGGAGGACUUUGUGUCCAGUGCCAAAACACUGAGACGAGAGACAGAAAACACAGUGAAAAACAAACUGCAAGGAGCUGUUGAGAUCAAAGAGGGAAUGACAGAACUGGAUGACAUCAAGUGCUCACAAGCAAGUACACUAGAAAGAAAAGUGCUGGCUUUGCUUCAAACGUGUAAACAGAACAAAUCUGUCCUAUCGGAUGAGGCCCUCAGAGAUGAUUUUGAAAGAAUGUGGAAGAAAACUCUGUCUGAGAUUAAAUUCAGAGGACUCCCAAGAAGACAUGUUGCUCAGGAUGCCUCCAGAAUUUUACAUGACCAUUUAUCUAUGAGGUCGGGUUACGUCAAUAGUAUGUUGGUUGGAAACAGCUUGGUUGAUUGUGGGAAGACACCCUUUGUUGUAGAGUCAGGGGAUUGGUGGCCGAAGACUAAAGGCUUUGUGAUGCGCUUGAAUAGAGACCAUCUCAGGAUGAAAUUGCAAGAGUUGUGUGACAACAUCAUAAAAAGGUGUCAGGAGUUUAUAACCCAGAAGGUGAAAAACAAAACAGAUUACCAUGAUACUUUCAUCAAAGAGCUGCUUGAAAUAAUUGAUGAAACAUCUCAACAAAACAAGAAACGUAAAGUUCCUGAGGAAUGUGAGGUUAAACUGAAGCUGCACAUCUGUGGCAUAGCAGCAAGAACAUUUCAGAAGAAACAUGAUGAUUUCAUUGCAUUCAAUGACCCAAGGAAGUGUCUGGAACAGUCUAAGAACAAGUACCUUACUGAGUUCAUAGACUUGUUUCAUAACCGAGACCAGUGCCUAAAUAAAGCUGAGGACUUCACAAAGCUCUGUUUGCAGCCAGCUGUACAGGACUAUGUGACCAAAAUGAUAUGUCCUGAUGUGAUUGAUGAAGUGAAGACCGGUAAAGGGUCAGAGGAUUACAGCACCCGAGGAGCUUUCCAGUCCAUUUUGAAACAACUCCUGGCUGAUGGAGAAUAUGAGACAUUCAAAGACUUGACAAACAGAAAUAACUCUCAUGACACGAAUAUGUCACAGAAUCAAAAUAUAAGGAGCCAGUCACCCAGACCCAACUCCAGUCCUCCAGUACCCCCAACAGCCCAACUCCAGUCCUCCUGUAACCCCAACAGCCCAACUCAGUACUCCGGUACCCCCAACAGCACAUCUAGGAGCAGUAGCUGUGUGGGCUUCUCAGCCCUCAUCACAGUGGACUACCACCUGACUAUCUUCAUCACUGUGAUAAUGGCCAGGAGACUGGUGUAG